CUAAGCUCGUCCUCAUCAUCUUCUUCCUCAAGCAAAUCAACAAGUUGAAAAACUCACAGAUCAAACAAUUCAAUCCAGUGAAAGCGAAACAGAACCAUCGCUCUCGAUGUCGAAACGAAACUUCCAUCAUACUACCCGGAGUGUUCACCGGUUUUCAAUAGAUCAAACCGGAAUAUCUCCCGAUUGAUCCACCUUCUUCCGAUCGCGGCGUCUCGGAGAGCAACCAUAUCUACUCUUCCUGAUCUUUGUAACUUAAAGUUUUGACUAUGUUUGAAUGAGAUUGGACUUAUUCUAUUCGGAAAAAAAGAGUGGUGAAAAUGUUAAGAUAAGGACGUGACUCAUUGAUCAUGUACAAAGGCCGGCAAGGUCUCAUCCGCCGACUCUAGUCUACUCUUCUCCUCCUUUGGAUUUUUUUUUCUUUUUAAAUAAAAUGAGAAUUGAGAAUAGUCGUCUCUCUGACUUGUCUAGAAGAAGAAGAAUUGAUGAUAAGUCAACAAAACAAAUGGAGCCAUUGAUUCCCACGCUGCUUCCUGAGAAUGUUAAUUUAUAUAUAUAUAUAUAUAUAUAUAUAUAUAUAUAUUUAAUUAACCUCUGUUCUGACCUUUUCUCCCUCUCUUAAUUCGACCAAGUCUUCCCAUCUUUGUCCCCAGUCCCCACCUUAGUUGCAAUUCUUGAAGUCUUACCGUCUUAAUAGAAGACAAAUGGGAAGUGUUUGUUCUUCUGGUUUCAAAGAUGAUGAUCAUGAUCCUGAUAAGAAGCUGAGUUCCACCGUUGUUGAUGUUGAUGAUGAUGAUAAGUCAAGAGGUUUCUCUGGGAAGCUCAAGUCCAUGAGAAGAAGAAAACCCUCUGAUCCGUAUUAUUCUGACCAUAACGGUAGCUCAAGGAGGAAAACUUCCAAGCCUAAUAAUGAGAACCACGUCAGCUUUUCCGGUGAACUCGGCCCUGUGCCUCCGUUAAGAUCAGACUCCACCAAGUUUAUGCAGAGGAAUUCGUUUCUGGGAAGGGCAGGGGUGAUGGGGCUAGAGAAGGCGGUUGGCGUUAUAGACACGCUAGGGAGCAGCAUGUCUGGUAUGAACCCGGUCAACGGGUUUCACUCGGGUGUCUUAUCAUCGUCUCGUGGUGGUCUCAAAGUCACUAUAUUGGCAUUCGAAGUGGCUAACACGAUAGCUAAAGGUGCUGCUUUGCUGCAAUCUCUCUCUGAAGAGAGUCUCAAGCUCAUGAAGAAGGAUAUGUUGCGUUCCAAGGGUGUUAAGAAGUUGGUUUCUACUGACACCACCGAGUUGCAAAUUCUUGCUGCUUCUGACAAAAGGGAGGAACUCGAUCUUUUUUCUGGAGAGGUGAUCAGGUUUGGGAAUAUGUGCAAAGACCUACAGUGGCACUAUCUUGAUAGAUAUUUUAACAAGCUUGACACAGAGAACUCGGAGCAUAUAGUGCUCAAAGAUGAGGCAGAGACAGCGAUGCACGAGCUCGUCACUCUUGCCCGAUUCACUUCUGAAUUAUAUCACGAGUGGCAAGCUUUGGAUAGGUUUGAACAAGAUUACAAGAGAAAGAUGGCAGAAGUAGAGUCUUUGAACCUUUCAAGGAGAGGAGAGAGUGUCGUCAUCUUACAAAGCGAACUAAAACAACAGAGGAAACUCGUACGGAGCUUACAGAAGAAGUCGCUCUGGUCCCGGAAUCUGGGAGAGAUAAUUGAGAAGCUUGUGGAUGUGGUUUGUUAUAUACGUCAAACGAUUGUGGAAGUUUUUGGAAACAACGGUCUAAAAGCCAAUGAAGGGAAGCAGGGAAGAGAACGAUUAGGUGAAGCCGGUCUUUCGUUACACUAUGCUAAUCUAAUCCAACAAAUUGAUAGUAUCGCGUCCCGACCUUCAUCACUUCCUUCUAACGUAAGGGACACUCUGUACAAUGCAUUGCCUGUUUAUGUCAAGACAGCUCUUCGUCCUCGGCUACAAGGUCUUGAUCCUGAGGAAGAGCUUUCAGUAUCUGAGAUCAAAGCUGAAAUGGAGAAGUCACUUAAAUGGCUUGUCCCAUUCGCCACAAACACCACCAAGGCUCAUCAAGGCUUUGGAUGGGUAGGCGAGUGGGCAAAUUCAAAGAUAGAGUUUGGGAAAGCAAAAGGGGAGAGCAACGGGAACCCAACACGACUUCAGACACUUCAUCACGCGGAUAAACCAAAAGUUGAUUCGUACGUACUUGAGCUCGUUGUAUGGCUUCAUCGACUAAUAAAGUCAUCAAAGAAACGAGUUCACGGCGUUAAGCUUCCAGAAACCAACCACGCCUCUCAACCCAACAGCAUAACCAUCUCCAACACGCAACUCUCCCUCUCCCCUGACUUCACCUAUAAAAAACAACUCUCUCUAGAGGACAGGAUGCUGUUGGACAGUGUAAAAAGCAUAAGAUUUGGUCCUAAUCUAAGUAAGAGUCAAGAGUUCGUUGGCCUGAAGAAAAAGAACAAGAAAGGAAUCAAGAUCUGGGCGUUUAGCAGAAGUACAGGUCACUCUCCAAAAGUUGAUCUUUCAGGUGAGAACUCCUCUAGUGAUUUGGAUGUUCUUGAUGGUUUGGAUUUCGCUUCUCGAACCGGUUUUUGAUACAGUCUUCUGUAUUUAUAUAUUCUUAUCAUUUUUGUACAAAGCACAGCAUAAAGGAUACAAUAGUAAUGUAAUAGUUGAAAACAGAACAAACACACACACUUGUUGGUUUAGUUGGGAUU